GGCGUGUGUUAUUUAGCUUUUGUGUGUUUGUAAACACGUGAGAAUAUUAUGCAGAUGAAACAGCAUAACCUGUGGGGGAACUGAGUUUGACAUUAAUGAAACCGUCGUAGACCACAUGGCGCAGGGAAUGUUAGAACGAGUGGUUCCGGCGUACGACAGUAGAUUCGGGGAAAAAUUAUGUACUUUAUUAUUUCGUAAUUUUGGAUAUUGUUGAGCGUAGUCUUCACACGUUUAUAUGAAUUGCAGUAGUACAUGUGACUUUUAAGAUGAAUAGCAGCUCAACUGUGAAUACCUUCAUUCGAGGGAAAUGCAUGUCAAUGUGUCCAGAAAAAGAAAUAAGGAUGCGAGAGCGAAAUGGCUUGCUACAUCAAUUGGAAAGUGUGCAGAUGGGGAAAAGUGAAUCUGUAACUGGAAACAGAAGAACUAUCAAGUCACGAUGGCGAGCUGACUACAAACGCGUAAUCAAAAGCUACAGUCGGCCAGCAGCUGGACACGGACCACCGGACCCCGACGAUAUCCGGCCCCCGCAGGUGCUGCUCCAGACUGUAAAAUACCUCUUAUCCGAAGUUGUUCCCAGCCAGAGCCUGCCUUGGAAUGAAGUGUACGACUUUGUGUUCGACCGCCUGCGUGCUGUGAGGCAGGAUUUGGUAAUACAAGGCACGCCAUCUGUGGAAUCGGUGGAGAUACUGGAGCCGAUUGCGAGAUUUCUGGCAUACGCCGGAUAUAGGUCGUGCGAAGAGCCAGCAUCGCGCUUUGACGCGGUGAUCCACAGGCAGCACUUGCUGGAGUGCGUGCAGCGGCUGCUGGUUCUCUACGACCGGCAGGAGCAGGAGAGUGGUGGGAGCGCGACCGGCUGCGACGGUCGGGCGGACACUGAGGCCCUCUACCUCGUGCUGGCGCCGGGAAGUGCAGACGUGCUGCAGCGGGCUCUGCAGCUGCCUGCGGCAUACAGGUCCGACACGGUGAAGAGUGCGCUGGAGUUCAGCCUGGCCUGCUACUCGGGGAACUACGUGCGGGCGCUGCGCCGCCUGCCACUCCUGCCGCCACUGCUCGCCUGCCUCGCCGCAUUACACGUGCCGCACCUCCGCAGGCAGGCCCUGCGGGUGAUGAGUGUGGGCUACAGCAGCCGCACCCUGCGCUACCCGAGCACCGUGCUCGCAGACCUCUUCUUGGCGGGCAGCGCGGCCGAAGUCGUGGACGAGUGUCGGCACUACGGGCUGAGCGCCGACGUCGACGCCGGAAUAUCUUUCGACAAGAACCGUUUCGACCUCAGUGUACGAGUGCGUACGCCGGUCCGCCUGAAAGCAGUCGACCGGAAGCUGGCUGCGGCAGACGUCACAAAAUUGUUGCUGGGAGAACCUGUGUGAUCAUUUGGGAAGCAGUAAGCAUUAAGUGGCACAUAGGCCUACAUGCCAAAGGACAAAAUAUGUAAUCCUGUGUUGUUGAACUAGUAAACCAGUGGGUGACUA